AUGUCAAACAACUCAAACAACUCACCUACUAAUACAAUAUCUAAUACUGCUAACCUUUCUAAAACAUCCAAUACCGAAACAACUAAUGCUGAUAUUUCAACAUAUAUUACUAACCCUUUUAUUAAUUCUGAUAAUAUCACUAACCCUCCUACUCUCGAUGAUAAUAAUUAUUUGAUUAUAAUUCUUCAGAUUCUAUUGCAAGCUCAACUUAAUAAUGCAGGUAAUAAAUGGGAGAUACUCAAGCAAAACAGAUACUUGUAUCUGUUAGUGAAGGAGCUUCGCCGAGAUGUAAAGGAGAUCAAAGAUGAAUUAAAGCAGCAAAGAAAAGAAAAGAAAAACGAUCUUUCCUCUCAAGUACUGGAUAUAAGUGGCUCUGGCUUUGCUUUAUUUAACUAUAAGCUGUAG